AUGGGCGGGUCAUUGCGCGUCUUGGCUGACCAUGUGGCGUGUGAUGAGGGACGGGAACAAAGUUUCUGGCGCUGGAUACGGCGUAAGCGGCAGCGGUCACCCAGUGUGGACGAGGGCUGCAAUGUGACGGCGACGAGGACACCUGAUAACGAAGCUGAAAAGGCUGAGGACGCCGAGGCCCAAAGUUUGCUUCGGAUGCAGGUGUUGGGUACGGACGGGGUGAGGUCGGUGCCGCUGGGUUGUUCCGUUUUGUGUGGCCCUUCUGUGGAGGACACGUACGGUUGUCACUAUCACGUGUAUCCUUCCACUUCCCCAGGUGCUGCUCAUGGCACGGCGUUGUGUUGGUCCUUGCGGAGGUCGUCGUUAACCACUCACGCCUUGAUGUGCCUUGGGCGUGUGGCAAACAGUUGCCGCAAGGACCUGGUUUUGUUUGAUGAGGAUGUUGGCAUCUUGCUGUCGUACACAACGAGGCUGUGA